AUGACAUCAACGGAACAACAAGCUAUAUCUUCUGAUCGUGCUCGUAGUCUAUCAUCAGUCAAUGUUGAUCUUCUCGAAUGUCCUAUUUGUCAUGAUUUACUAUGGAACUCAGUUGCCUGUCAAACAUGUGAAACAGCUUUUUGUUCAGUAUGUAUCUGUCAAUGGCUUGCCAAUAAUCCAGAGAAAUGUCCCAAUCGAUUUUGCUUGUUAUUAUCAAUCAAAAGGUUGUCAACAGGUCAUUCCGUAUGA